GACGGACCAAAAGCCAAGAUGACGGUGAAGAAGCGUCCGUCAGACCUGAACAGCCUGGAGAGGUUCAACUUGUACUACAAGGCCAAGGAGCCCCCGCUGACUACGGGGCAGAAAGUCAAGAGGUACAUCUGGAACCCGAAAACGAGGCAGUUCUGCGGCAGGACUGCGGGCAGUUGGUCCAAGAUAGCCCUAUUCUACUUCAUCUUCUACGCAGCCCUCGCCAUCCUGGUGGCUAUCUGCAUGUGGACGUUCCUCCAGCUUCUGGACGCGAGACAGCCCAUGUGGCAGCUGGAGAAGAGCAUUAUAGGCACCAACCCUGGGCUGGGCUUCAGACCCACACCCUCGGAUGUAGCUAGCAGCGUCAUCUGGUACAAGGGGAAUGAUGUGGGCAGCCAGCAGUUCUGGGUUAAAGAGCUGAAGAAGUUUUUGGAAGCUUACAAACGAGACAAUAAGAAAGUGGGAGCGGGGCGCAACACACACACGUGCGACAAACAACCACCACCACCAGGAAAGGUGUGCGACGUGGACAUAAACGCCCCAGCAUGGUUUCCCUGCGUGGAGUCAAACAGCUUCGCCUACAACAAGUCGACACCCUGCGUGUUCCUCAAGCUGAAUAAGAUUUAUGGCUGGAAGCCACAUUACUACAACAGUUCCGAUCAUCUGCCCAAAGACAUGCCCGAGGAUUUAAAGAGCCAUGUCAGGAAUAUGACGGCGUUUGAUAAACAAAAUCUCAACAUGGUGUGGGUGUCAUGCCAGGGCGAGAACCCAGCCGAUCGGGAGAACAUCGGUCCCAUCCAGUACCUGCCUAAACGAGGGUUCCCGGGAUACUACUUCCCGUACACCAAUCAGGAUGGAUACCUCAGCCCGCUGGUUGCUGUGCAUUUCAUGAGGCCUAAAACUGGCACGCUGAUCAACGUGGAGUGCCGUGCGUGGGCGCACAACAUAAAAUACGACCGGCACGAGGGCAUGGGCUCCGUACACAUCGAGAUCAUGAUCGAAUAACUUCACAUAUCUACAACUAAAAAUCAAGAAAAUCGAAAUGAAGUAAUUACAGCAACACUAAGUAAAUAAAAUCGACCACAGUAAGUAGUUAACCACAGAGUGGUCCGGAGCCCCACGAGUUUAACCGGGGAGCCGGCAGGCCUCGUCGGCGAUAGCGGGAUAACUUGGACUCCUUCUUGAGAGGCUGGCCAGAUAUAGCACUAAACAGAGACGAGUGGAAGAAGAGGGGGGAGGCCUUUGCCCAGCAGUGGGACACAGUGGGCUCUGAAUAAUAACAAUAAUAAUACAACAACACUUCAACUAACGUCACGCAUCAAUCAUUUUCUUACAUGCAGACAGCUGCGACCGAUCAUGUUAUUAAGACAGGAACAUGCCGAACAUGUGUAUUUAAUUGUAUGUUGUAAUAAAAUAAACGUGUUCAUUGGAAUAAGUCGCUGAAUGGUCACUAUUGUGAUUGUUUUGAAAGAACCACCUAACAUGUAAAAUGAAUGUCAAAGUUUUGAUCAAAGAAUAUCGAGCUAUGAUGAAUUAUUUAUGAUGUUAUAUAUGUAUAACAUAUAAUGUAGUGCAUAAUUGUUUUCCAUCGUAUUUUCACGGAAACGUACGAACGUGUCUUGCUAUUUUCAGUCAGACUCGGUACAAAAAGUACUGAGGUUGACUGAAGUAGCAUGACAAAUUCGUAUAUUCGACUUCAGUAUACGAUUCCGAGACAAAACAAUUAUGCACUACAUCUGUAUGUAGUAUAGUAGUACCUACUUAUAGAAACUUACAAAUGAACGUCGUGGUUUAAACUGUAACUUCUAGUCUUUACAAACUCUUUCAAACCAAAGAACUUCCUCCGCUAAAACCAAACGUUGAGCGUGAUUAUAAUAAAGUAUAAUUAUGAUGUAAUUUAUUGAAUUAAAAUUAGUUAACGAGUAUGA